AUGAGUUCAGCGUCCAAAGGACCACACGCAGACCUUGCGACUAAAUUUAUUGGUUUUCAACGUAAUCGGGAACUAGAGAGGAGAAAAUGCGCUCUCUGUUCAAACAAAUUCCCAUUAAAUUCUACCAGGGAAGAUGUUGCCCGUCAUUUUGACGAGCGUGGCCAUGCUAAAACGGACGAACAACAAACUGAUUUAAUCGACAAAACAUGGCUAAGGUUAAAAAGCCAUAGGACGGACACGACGGCAACUUCAAAUCCUCAACACAAUGCUCCCUCGAAUCCACCAACGGCCGACCAACAACCGGGCGACACGAAACCAGAGCCUACGGACAAGGCCGAUCUGAGUACGGAGCCUUUCGGUUCAGCGUAUGACAGGGAUCGAGGGCCAAGAAGUGUAUCGUCCGACAAGAACAAGCGGAAAGACAGUGACAUCAAGUCCGUACCUCCGAAGCGGAGCCGCGCCCGGCAACCUACACAGACAGCCAGUGACAACGAUUUCCACAGAGAUCCGGCGCAUAAGGGGGGCAGGCUAUGGACUCCGGAGGAGGGAGGCCCUCCCCGGAGGACCGACCAGGCUCGGCAAAAGGAUCGGGAUGCGACGGACUCUCCGAGGACCGUGUCCGGCCGCAACUUCGAGCCCCGCCCUGCCGAGUUCGACAAUACCGAGGUCAUGAUUAAGCAACCUGAGACUCGUCCUAUCAGUCAAGAACAACUAGUAGCUGAGGUGAAGGGUAUCUAUGCUGGGCUCGUAAUGGUGGAGAGUAAAUGCAUUGAGGUGGACAAUGCGCAGAGUUCAAAUAACGAAACGAACCCCAAGCUCAAUAACGAACAGUGGCAAGCCUUGAUAGCUCUACACCGAACACUCUUACAUGAGCAUCAUGACUUCUUUCUGGCCUCUCAGCAUCCCUCCGCCAGCCCAGCAUUACGUCGACUUGCCAGCAAAUACGCCAUGCCCGCACGUAUGUGGAGGCACGGCAUACACUCCUUUUUGGAGUUGUUACGGCACCGUUUACCCGCUUCGCUCGAACAUAUGCUUACGUUCAUCUAUUUGGCUUAUUCUAUGAUGGCUCUUUUGUACGAGACGGUACCAACUUUCGAGGAUACCUGGAUUGAGUGUCUUGGUGAUUUGGGAAGAUACCGAAUGGCCAUCGAAGAUGAUGACCUUAAAGAUCGCGAAGUGUGGACAUCCGUUUCACGCCAUUGGUACUCAAAGGCUAGUGAUAAGGCUCCUACCACGGGCCGCUUGUAUCAUCAUUUGGCCAUCCUGGCCCGCCCGAACGCUCUGCAGCAAUUGUUUUACUACACAAAGUCUCUUUGUGUCCAGAUCCCUUUUUUGUCCGCGCGGGAAUCGAUUAUGACUCUAUUUGACCCUCACCUGAAUGGCACUCCCACUCGGCUGCAAGAGAUUGACGCUGCGUUCGUCCGCGCGAACGGCAUCUUGUUCAGCGGAAAGAACACGGACCAGCUUGAGUCGUCUGUUUGUGAAUUCGUCGACAACUUGGACUCCCAUAUCGCUCGUCACACUCGCCGUUGGCUUGAUAGUGGCUACUACAUCUCCAUCGCAUUAGGCUGUGCCCUUCUCGAAUACGGCAGCGAGAGCAAUCCCAUCAUGAGAGCUAUCAAGUCAGGUCGUGCAGAAGACGCAGACGUUCAGAUGGACGACACAGAGACAAGCGCUGCUCCAACACAGAAGUUCCUAGACGCUCUCGACUUUGCUACUCGCACCCACGAUGUGGUUUUCAGACGAUUCGGCGACGACAACACCAGACCCUACUUACACGUCACCCUCUCUUUUCUCUACCACAUGUCUCAGUUCCCCGCUGCAAUGGCACUUAUAGAAGAGAAGAUGCCGUGGAAACUGAUUUCCUUGCUCCUCAACACGAUAAUUUCCAAAGACGUGUCCAUUGAGACCAUCGAGUCCGAGGAGUUUCCUCGGCCAGACAAGGGUGAUCCCCGUCCUCUCCCUGACGAUUUUGCGCAGCGGGGUCUUCUAUGGGUUGACAACUAUUACCCCAACGACUGGUUCACGGCCACAAAGGUAGAUGACGACGAGAAGUACUUUGAAGUCGCAUCAAUGAUGGAAGAGCGUUCAUCCCGUUGUCUUUGGCUUGGCUGUCGACUUGCAGCAUCAGGCAAGUGGUUGACUUACACAAGAGAUGGACAAUUUGGGGUUGCGUCAAAAUACGACAUAGAGAUUCCUGAUCUGAGCAGCGAUGCCACGUCCCAAUCCAAGAGAGGCGGUGACGACGAUUUAAUCAUCCCAGAUGCUCCGGCAGUAAGUACUUGA